GCAGUCGACGUUAGAAGUCGAAUCACAUCCGGUUACACGAUUUACGAGGCUUAUCCCGCCGAGCAGGAGUCGCGCAGACGGGACCCGCAAACCGCCCGAACACUGAAACGCCGGGAAGCAUAGUCGAGAAGGAGAAAGCACUGCUUUCUGGGGGAUAUAUACCGUUGAAACGGCUGAGAUUCGGACGGGUCGACACUACAAUACCAGGGUCGGCCACGCUGGCGCCUACAAUAUCCAAUUCUACCCCGACGACGACGUUCUCUUCAAGAUGUCGACAUGGGCAGGGCAGCCGAAGGUGAAGGGUAGCUCCGAGACCAUGCGCAUGGUGCUCUUGACCUGCGUCUCUAUCGCUUCACCUGGGGCGUUGAAAUGACAUACUGCACGCCAUACCUCCUAUCGCUCGGACUGUCCAAGGGACAGACAUCGUUGGUCUGGGUUGCCGGCCCUUUAUCGGGCUUGAUCGUGCAACCCAUCAUCGGGGUCAUCGCUGACGAGUCCACGUCAAGAUGGGGCAGGAGACGGCCCAUCAUCGCUGUUGGCUCCGUAGUUGUUGCCCUCAGUCUUCUGGCUCUGGGCUUCACCAAGGAAAUCGUGGGCUCUCUCGUUACAGACCCGACGACAGCCCGGGCGUUGACCAUUAUGCUGGCCGUCCUAUCCCUCUACUGCGUGGACUUUUCCAUCAAUGCAGUCAUGUCCUGCGCGAGGAGUCUCGUUGUCGACACUUUGCCAAUACAUAAGCAGCAGGCGGGGGCUGCCUGGUCGAGCCGCAUGAACUCGCUCGGCCACAUCAUCGGCUAUGCCAUGGGAGCCCUUGACCUCGUGCAGAUCUUUGGCCCAACGCUGGGCGACACCCAGUUCAAGCAGCUCACCAUCAUUGCCGCCCUGGGCAUGCUGCUCACCUCGUCCAUUACGUGCUGGGCUGUCACGGAGCGCGUCCUCGUCUCGGUGCGGCGCGACCCUCGGCGGGCCCAGGGUCGGUUCAAGGUCGUCCGGCAGAUUUACUCCACGCUGCUGACGCUGCCCCCUCGCAUCCGGGGCAUAUGCAACGCUGUGUUUUGGUCAUGGAUUGGCUGGUUUCCCUUUAUCAUCUACAGCAGCACCUGGGUCGGCGAGACCUACUUCCGCUACGACGUCUCCCCCGACGCCAGGGCUUCUAACGAUGCGCUGGGCAACAUGGGCCGCAUUGGGAGCAUGGCCCUGACCGUAUAUUCGACCGUGUCAUUCGCCAGCGCCUGGAUUCUCCCGGCCCUGAUCCAAGCUCCCGAAGACGAGACCUUCACCCACCGCCCACCCGCUAGCCUCAAGCCCCUGAUCGAGGCCUUCAACAAGGUCAAGCCCGACCUGUUGACCGCGUGGGUCGCAAGCAGUGUCCUGUUCGCGCUCGCCAUGUUCUUCACCCCAUUCGCCACGUCUUUCCGCUUCGCCACCGCCAUUGUCGCCUUCUGCGGCAUCCCCUGGUGCCUCUCCCAAUGGGCGCCGGUCACCUUCCUCGGGGUGGAGGUCAACAAAUUAAGCGGCGCCGCUGGCCCGGCCAUCCGCCCCGUGACCCCCCGUCGCCGGCUCUCCAACGACAUCAGCAGCAUCGAGCUGCUCCGCCUCGAGCAUGGCCCGGCGGCCCUCGAGAGCAGCCGCGCCUCGGGCGGCGGCGCCCCCCACACUUCGACGGGCGAACUGAGCGGCGUUUACUUUGGAAUCCUCAACAUCUACGUCACCAUUCCACAGUUUCUCAGCACCCUCAUGAGCGGCGUCGUCUUUGCGCUGCUCGAGCCCGGCAAGAGCCCCGAAUUGGCUACCGAGGCCCUUCCCAGCGAGCAUAGCGACCCGACCGGGCCCAAUGCCAUCGCCGUCUGCAUGUUUCUGGGCGCUCUGAGCUCCCUGGUGGCGGCGUGGUCGACGGCCCGAUUGAGGCGGCUGUGAGACAAAGAUGGUUAUAUAUAUAACAUUCGCGAUGCCCAAGCGUUCUCGUUGUGUCAGCAUGGGUUUGAAACAUAUGUCAUCGAUCGUCCGGGUCCGUUGGAAGCGGGAAUGAUGGGAUCUAAAAGCAAGAGGAACCCUGGAUAUAGGGGAACAUCUGGGACCAAAUCAGUUGUGUGUAGACAGGUUGUGAGCUCGGCGUUGGAGCGACUCGGAGUUCGGCUAGUUUCUGGUGUGUUUUUUUUUUGUCCCUCGCUCUCUUCUACAUUAAUCAUGGCGCGGAAAGGUUUGCUUUCCCUAAUCUUGGUCUGUUGGCUGUGUUACAUUCAGCAACGACGCUUUGUAUAUAUGCCCUCCCACUGUAUCGUGAGGAUUGGCCUCGGAUCCUCCUCGCCUCGUCAAUUGCUACGUGCUGGAAGCCGCUGGUGAUAGAACAUUGGCUCCAAAAAAAUGAUCCUCACGGUGCAUUGGGUCGCCCGGUGCAAUAGAACUAAUCACUAACCAUCGGGAGAGUCAAGGUGAGAACACUACCUGGACAUGAUCGAUUCCUUUUUGUAAGUACGAAGCUCAUUAUCGUCUUCUUCUUGCCUAGACAUAAUCCAAACGGAAUAACAGUGUGCGCCUGACGCCAAACCACCAAAGGAGUGUGUGCUGAGAUGCAAAAGG